UAUUAUGGAAAAGCGUAAAUCACGUGACACUGAAGUACCCAGAGUCAUUUUUAUUGACAAGCAGAAGCUUCGCUAAAAACGAGUAACCACAUAAAAUAAAGAAAAACCCAAGGAUGAUCAAGGCUAUUCUUAUUUUUAACAACCAUGGGAAACCCAGGCUCAUCAGAUUCUACCAGUAUUUUGCAGAAGACAUGCAGCAACAGAUCAUUAGGGAGACCUUUCAUCUGGUGUCCAAAAGAGACGAUAAUGUCUGCAAUUUCCUGGAGGGCGGAAGUUUAAUCGGCGGCUCCGACUACAAGCUGAUCUACAGACACUAUGCCACUCUGUACUUUGUGUUUUGUGUGGACUCGUCAGAGAGUGAGCUGGGGAUUCUAGAUCUCAUACAGGUCUUCGUGGAAACCCUGGACAAGUGCUUUGAGAAUGUGUGUGAACUGGACUUAAUCUUUCACAUGGAUAAGGUCCACUAUAUUCUACAGGAAGUUGUCAUGGGCGGGAUGGUUCUGGAAACUAACAUGAAUGAAAUAGUCGCCCAAGUGGAGCUGCAGAAUAGAAUGGAGAAAUCGGAGGGUGGACUGUCUGCAGCACCAGCACGAGCCGUUUCUGCUGUGAAAAAUAUGAACCUUCCUGAAAUCCCCCGUAACAUCAAUAUCGGGGACAUCAAUAUAAAAGUGCCCAGUCUCUCCCCGUUUUGAGUUUGUAUCUCUGAUCAUUGCUUUUUUUGUUGUUGUUAUUGUGUGUUAACAUUCAUUGCCAUAGAUACUGUCUCCCUAAUGCCAUUUAUGGACUCAUGACUGACCGUCACAUGAGGACUCUGACAAGUCCAACGCACACUACAGGGUCCAAUCAUUUACAGCGUACUUUUUUCAGACUUUGGUUUGUAGACAUUUUGAUUAUAGUGUUGUUUUGUAUUUUGUCUGUAAUGUAGUAACAUUCCACAAUACUAACGUGUGAUUUCUGCCAACAGACCAACUACUAAAACUAUAAAUGUUACACUUGAAUAAUUUAUAUUUAAUGUUAUACUAUACCAUAUCAUUAAAAUUAUGUUUUUGUCCAGAUGUA